CAUGACCGCGGAGCCUGCAUCCAGCACCGCAGCCAACGACUAUGAUGCUUCCACCUCCUUCGUCGGAGAAUGGGGACGUUUCCAGCAGCAGCUGUUUUUACUGCUCUGCCUCAGCGUCAUCCCCAACGGGUUCAGCAGCAUGGCCAUCGUGUUUCUGGCGGACACGCCGGCGCACCGGUGCGUGGUGCCGGCGCGCCUCAACCUGACCGCCGCCUGGAGGAACAGCAGCAUCCCGCUGGAGGAGGACGGGGGCCGCGGGGGCCGCGGGGGCCCGCUGGUCCCCAGCAGCUGCUCCAGAUACAAGCUGGAGGAGCUGCUCAGCUUCUCACACAGAGGCUUGCUGCCCGGCGUCGACGUGAAUCUGUCCAUGGUGCAGAAAGAAAGCUGCGGGGACGGAUGGACGUAUGACCGCAGCGUCUACACGUCCACCAUCGUCUCGGAGUGGGACCUGGUGUGUGAUGACAGCUGGAAGAAACCCUUGACCCCGUCUUUCUACUUCUGCGGUGUUCUCACUGGCUCAUUUGUUUUUGGACAGCUCUCUGACAGAUAUGGGAGAAAGUUGGUGAUGUUUGUCGCCAUAGCGCUCCAAACUGUUGCCACAUUCAUCCAGGUUUUCUCUCCCAGCUGGGCCGUGUUCUGUGCUCUCUUUUUUGUGGCCGGAAUGGGGCAGAUUAGCAAUUAUGUGGCUGCAUUUGUGUUAGGAACGGAGAUACUUGGUCCACGCGUUCGAACAAUCUUCUCCACGGUUGGAGUAUGUACGUUCUUCGCUGUGGGGUACAUGCUUCUGCCGCUGAUCGCUUUCCUCAUCAGAGACUGGAGGAUGCUUCUCCUCAGCCUGACGCUGCCAAGCUGCCUCUGUAUGCCUUUUUGGUGGUUCAUCCCAGAGUCGCCUCGUUGGCUGCUUUCUCAAGGAAGAGUGGCAGAAGCCGAGAAAGUCAUCCGAAAUGCUGCUAAGAAGAACAAAAUUGAGCCUCCACAGGUCAUCUUUAAGUCUUUGCAGAAUGAAGUCCAGUCUGAAGGGAGGAGGGCCCACAACAUCUGUGACCUGCUUCGCACCCCAAACAUCCGCUGGAUGUCGAUCACGCUGUGGCUAGUCUGGAACACCCUUACCAUUGCAUACUUCGCUCUCUCACUGAACACGGCAAACCUCCAUGGGAACUCAUACUUCAACUGUUUCCUGUCAGCAGUGGUGGAGAUCCCAGCCUACAUUAUGUCGUGGGUUAUGUUUCACUGGGGUUCCAGACGACUGAGUCUCUUUUCAACUCUCAUGACGGGAGGGUUGUUGCUACUCGUCAUACAGCUCAUACCAGGGUAUUUGAUUUAUCUAGCCAUCACGCUUGAAAUGAUGGGGAAGUUUGCAGUGACGCUAGCCUUUGCUAUUGUGUACCCUUACUCUGCUGAGCUCUACCCGACCGUCUUGAGGAACACUGCUAUCGGUGCCUGUUCAAUGGCUUCCAGAGUGGGCAGCAUCAUUUCUCCGUUCUUCACUUACUUACGAAGCUAUUCCGUUUCACUGCCUUACAUCUUGAUGGGAAGUCUCACAGUUCUGUCAGGGUUGCUGAGCCUCCUGCUGCCUGAGAGCCAUGGAAUGCCUCUCCCUGACACAAUCGCCGGCAUGCAGGACUUCCCUGGAUGCUGUCGGAAAACACCUUAUAAUCUCACACACACAGAGGAAGAGGAAAACGCUGCUGAAGGAAAAACCUGAGCGCAAGAGUCAGUGCACAAGCUUCACCUGUAACAACUGGCAGGCCAGAUGAUCCCUGCGAACUUUUCAGUGAAAUUAAACUGUACAGAAAUAACUAAACACAUUGUUAAAAUACAACUGGAUAUGUGAAUAUCGUGUGUCUACAACAGCGCAGUGGGAAUAUUAGUUUAUAAAGUUUUUAACAAAGGAAUAGUGUUUUUUUUCCUGCCACACAUUCAAAAUACUGUGAAAAGAAGGAUAUUUACUGUACCACUUUCUGUAUUUUUUUAGUGUGUGUGUGUGUGUGUGUGUGUGUGUGUUGACACAGUUCAGUACAUUGAAAAAGGUUUUUAUUUUAUUACAGGUCACAUAUAAAGCACUAGCCUUUUUAUCUUGGGAUAUCUACACUUUCAUAAUUCACUUUAUUUCAUGUUUGUGAUUUAAAAACCCCUUGAUAAUGAUAAUAAAAUAAACUUUGAAAAAGA